AAUUGACAGCAUGGACUCUAUCAGGAUGAGUGAAAAGCAGACUUACAAGAAAGAAAUGGAUAUGAUUAAUGCAAUUCAUUGGAAAAUUGGAGAAAUGGGUUACAGUCUAUCAAUUUCUUGACUCAAAAUUAUGCAGGUUAGAGGCCUUAGAAAGAAUAAGAGGUUUUUAAGAAGACAUUCGUUUGUACAAAAUUAUCUUGUAGUUGGCUAUGGGAUGCAUUGCAGUGUUAAAGUAUUAAGUUUUGACUGGAACCAUCCUACUGAUAUAAAGAAUAUUAUAAGGACUUUAAACCCCAGAGUCAUCUUAAAAUAUUUGAAUAUUAACAAUAGAUUAGCCUAUGCAGGUUUUCAAAAGAAUAAUUUUAAAAAGUUUUCUAUGGAUCUAUUAGGAUUUUCUGCAUACACACUGAGGGAAUGCCAAAUUGAGAGAUUGAAUCUAUCGACAAAGCAGUUCAAAUAAAAUUAUACAAUGAUGUCGAUUGAUCAAAUGUCUUGGUUUCCAAAGAUGCACAAUAAAUUUUGAAGGAAUAACUCUUAAUAGCACUUUUGAGUACAAGACACAAACUAUAUGGUUCGAUGAUACUAAAGAACAGACAACUGAUGAAGAUGAAAAUGGUUUUGAUAUUGGACGUUUGUCAGAAAAAUCCUUUAAGAGUUUUAUCAUGAGUAUAUCUGAAUGCAACCUAAGAAACUCAUUGAAAAGAUUAAGCUUCGGUCAAUGCUUGCUUGAGCAAGACCAAGUUCUCACCUCUCUCCAAGAUCUCAACCUUUACGCUCUAAAGAUCUCCUUCUUCAGUAUCAAUGAGAACAAGUUUAGAAGUCUCUCUCUGGAGCCCAAAACUCAAAAUCCUGGCGAAACUCUUCCACCUCCUAAACAGAGAAAAUGCAUAAUUCAAUAA